AUUUUGCCCCAGAAACACUCACAAACAUUGGAAUCAUCUAGAAUUAUUAUCCUCGAAUACGGCCGUCAAAUAUGUGACCCAAGUUUAUCACUUCAGUGUUGUUUAUAAAUAAUGAUUAUGCUACAACUUUAAAUUAAAUCAUCACAAGACACCAUUGAGCUAAUACAGUGUCUAAUAGCGAAUGUAAAUAUCAAGUAUACAAGCUUUUUAUUCGGGGUUAAAAAAAUAAAAUGAUUUUGAAUAUUGUUUUCAUCGCAUUCCUAUCCACAGUAGUGCACGGUAUAAAUUUUAACUGCAACCACGAAAAUGCUGUAGCUUCAUUCAAACGACCUACGUAUGACUUUUCGGUGCGUUUUUUGGAUCGGGUGGCUCAACAAACUAACUACCACUUUGUGUUCUCUCCACUUUCUACUUGGCUUCAACUGAUGUCUUUGGCAGAAGGAGCGAGAGGACCGACUCAAACUGAAAUUUGGAAGGUAACAAGGCAUCAUCGCAUGAAAUGUUUCAGGCGUAAGUUUAGGGAAAUUCUCAAUUCAAUGGACGAUGAAUUGAGUUUCAUGACUAAAAGGACUAAUGUUAUCGUUAUCAACAAAUUGUUAGACGUGAAAGAAUCAUUUGAAGAGGAAGUUAAGAAAACAAAUACAACCAAGUUAUUUUCAUUAAAUUUCAAUGAUCCCGCGCAAGCUGUUGCGAAGUUAAAUAAAGCCAUUGAUAUGGAUCUGAACGACGUUGGAAGUCAAUUUGAUGUUAAUGAUUUUAAUUUAACGGUGUUACUGAUGACCGACACUGCUUACUUUAAAAGUGAUUGGUGGAAGCCUUUUAACCCUGUGUAUACAUCAACAGAAACAUUUUACUCAGAAGAGAACAUAGUCAUUGGAAAAGUGAGGAUGAUGCAACAUGAAGAGUACUUCAACUUGACAGAGGUGCCGCUCAUUAAUGCUAGAGUAUUGGAAUUGCCUUUUAAUAGUAAUGGCAGACUGUCGAUGCUUGUCUUCCUGCCCACGAGGGGCACUGUGCUGGAUUUGUUCUAUAACCUAAAAAAUAUAAGACUAACUACAAUAUUCAAUCUAUACAAUGCUGAAAGAGAGAAGUUUGUUCGAGUUCAAUUACCGAGAUUUAAAAUAUUAUCAGAGUUGAGGAACAUACCCGAGCUGGUUUAUGAUAUGGGUGUAAAGAGGAUUUUUUACCCAGAUUUGGCUGACCUUGGUGGUAUAACCGACUAUCCAGUGUACGCAUCUUUAAUGACACAGAUUGCUGACAUCGAAAUAACAGAGCAAGGUGCACGACCGAGCAUCAUACCAGACUCUUUAAUCAUGAAACCUGAACAUGACAGUAUAGUUUUUUCCGCAAACCGCCCGUUCGCGUUCCUCAUAGUCGACAGAUUGACUGAAGCUAUACUGUUCGGUGGACUGUAUCGUUAUCCAUCUAUUCAUUAAAUAUAUUAAGGGCAGAAAAAAAUAUAAACACGUUUCACUUUAACACUUUAUUUAUAAACGUUUAAUAAUGACUAGUAUCACAUUAACAGCCUCUUACAACGUUGGAUAACUCUUUUAAUAAUAUAUGAAAAUAUUUCGACACGGUGAUAUGUAAAUUAAUUUCCUUUUCCUAAUACCUAUGUAAUAAAAUCAUUAAAGUAUAGUAUUACAAUACAAACAUUUAUAUCAACUGAAAUUACUAUCACCUAGCUUACUUCCAAAAUAUUGUUUAGCUCUACCUCUAGCGAACUAAAUAUUAAAGUUCUUAAUAAUAAA